GCAGCACGGAGGUUCGUUCCAGCACUGCCCGCAUUCUAGCUCCCACCCAGCCCAAUCAAUCCACUCACCCUGAACCCUGGCUACGUGGGGCCGCCCCCAGGACCGCCGAGUUUCGAUUCCCCAGUGUUUGGAAACCGACUGAAAACAAACCGGGUCGCCAGGGGUCACCACGGGCUUCCGGUUUCCUCGAAGACACCGCUGCUUCUCCAGAGAAGGUAGCGGCUCCAGGUGUGCCGCGGAGGGAUUCCCAUUUCUUCUUCCUUGUUUGAGUUCACGGCGCAGCCCUGCCCUUUGGCAGGGGCCCUGCAGGUUCUGGAAGGAGGGGCAAGCUGAAGCAGGAGGGGCCCGGCGGCAGCGGGCGCAGGCCCGUUACCCAGCAACACGCGCGCGAGACCCAGGCCCGCCGGCGCCGGCUGGCGUCGUUGGGACUCGCACGCGCGAGUAGCCGCGUCACGCGCCGCCGGGGCAAACCUUAUCUAGGAAGAGUCUAGGGUGGAAGAGCGCUUCAGAGCCGGAAAAGGGGCUACCGCCUUUCCCCGGCUCCACGCUUGGGCGGCGCGAGGAAACCGGAAGUCAGACCGGCGGGAGCUGGGAGGGCGUUCACCGAGCCGAGCUGGAGGAGGGGUCGGGGCGAGCGGCGUACUACGUGUCCCGUGAGCCUCCGGGACGGGGCUGGGCCGUGGCGACGCGAGGAGGCGGAGUGGAAGUGGAUUAAAUGUAUUUAUGGAAAAAGAAAAAAUUAAUAAUAAAAUAGCUAAGUUUUGUAACACUGCAAUGGAUUCUUCAGUGGAAAACAGUAUGUAUAUAAACAGAGUAUGGGUUCAGUGUGAAAAUGAAAGUUGUUUGAAAUGGAGAUUAUUGUCAAGUGAGGAUGCAGCCAAAGUUGAUCACAAUGAACCAUGGUACUGCUUCAUGAACACUGACUCAAGAUAUAAUAAGUGCUCUAUCUCUGAAGAAGAGUUUCCUGAAGAGUCUCAGCUUCAUCAAAGUGGAUUUAAGAUUGUCUAUUCACAGCUCCCUCUUGGAAGCCUGGUUUUGGUAAAAUUACGAAAUUGGCCAAGUUGGCCUGGAAUACUUUGCCCUGAUCCUUUUAAAGGUAAAUAUGUGACUUAUGAUCUGGAUGGAAAUGUUGAACAGUAUCACGUAGAAUUCCUGGGUGAUCCACAUUCAAGAUCAUGGAUAAAUGCAACAUUUGUUGGACAUUAUAGUAUCACACUAAAGCCAGGAAAAUGUACAAAUAAAAAGAAGUGGUAUAAAAGUGCACUUCAAGAAGCAUAUCUAUUCUACGGAUAUUCUCAUGAGCAAAGACUGGAAAUGUGCUGCCUAUCAAAACAGGAUAAAUCCAAAGCAGAUGCCAAAGUUGAGGUGGUGGCCAAGAAAAGGAUGCAAAUUUCCAAAACUAAUAUUGAAAAGAAAAGGCCCAAAUUUAGGAAAAGGAAAAGGAAAGCUAUUCUAAAAUGCUCUUUUGAAAAUGUUUGUUCAGAUGAUGCCUUAUCAAAGGAAAGCAUGGUUGUCUCUGAGACAGAAGUUUUACUUAAAGAGCUGGAGCAAAUGCUACAGCAAGCCCUAGAGCCCACAGCAACACCUGAUGAGUCUGAAGAAGAAUGUGAAGAAGAAAUAAAUGCAGGAGAAAAGUUAUCUAAAUGCAUCCCUGAAGCUCCUGCAAGCAGCCCAUUUCAAAAUCAACAUGAAGAGGACUAUCUUGUAAUUGAUGGGAUGAAAUUAAGAGCUGGAGAAUGUAUUGAGAAUAUAACUAAUAAGUUUAAAGAAAUAGAUGCCUUGAUGUCUGAAUUUUAGGGUGUUACACAUAUUUUCAGAAGUUAAUUGGGAAAACACUAGUAAUUUUCUGAAUUCAGAAACUUAAAAAUGUUUAAUGAAAUAGAUAUACAUUACAUACAAAAGUUGAUAUUUGUAGUAACUUUAUACUUUAUAUUUUGAAAAUAUCCAUGAUUGUGAGAGCCAGUCAAUUGAAGUAUUGAAGUAAGGGUUAGAAUUUUAAGUUUAAAAAAAGCUUUAUUUUCUUUUUUGUAGAUUUUCUGUUUGCCUUAUUUACAAAAUGGUUUUAUGAAACUUACCUCAUAACUACAUACUUCACAAUGAUUAUUCAGGUCAUUUAUUCAAGUAUGGCAAAGUACUAAAAUGGCUAUGUUAUUACAAUUCUUAGGGAUAAUUUAAAUCUAAUUAAUAUACUUAUAGAACGUGUAUUUGUAGUAGAAUUAAACUUAUAAAACAAAAGGAAAUAAUAAAAAUAUGUUAGUAUAAUAAAGUUGGAGAUUCCUUAAAAGACAAAAAUGUCAAUAGCCUCAUUAUAAUACAAACAAUUAUUUCAAUUAUGGUUCCUCAAACUGCUU